ACCAAUCGUCAUCUGUGCCCCGCCCCUUCAGCGUACACGGGAGGCAGAACCAGCCAAUCCCUGCCGGGGUGACCUCCGGAAGGGGCAAGAGGCAGAUUCGGCGUGCCUGCGGACCCUGCAAGGGGACCCUGCAGGCGGUGGGAUGUCCUGGUCCGGUCUUCUCCGUAGCCUCAACACGUCCCUAAAUUAUGGCCUAGCCCUGGUCCCGCAGCUCGGGGCCGCCCGCCCCAUGGCCACCCUGAACCAGAUGCACCGCCGGGGGCUACCGAAGUGGCCACCUGCCCCUCCGGGCCCCACGGAGGGCCGGCCGCAGCUGAAGGGCGUGGUUCUGCGCACGUUCAUCCGGAAGCCCAAGAAACCCAACUCGGCCAAUCGCAAAUGCUGCCGCGUGCGGCUCAGCACCGGCCGAGAGGCCGUGUGCUUCAUCCCCGGAGAGGGCCACAGCCUGCAGGAGCAUCACGUCGUGCUCGUGAAGGGCGGCCGCACCCAGGACCUGCCUGGCGUGAAGCUCACCAUCGUGCGCGGCAAGUACGACUGUGGCCACGUGCAGAAGAAGAAGUGACCGCCAGGGCCACCGGCGGCCGGGGCUUCCCCCAGAACGAGAACCUUCCUCUCUGGGUGCCUGUGGAGUCCUUGGGAAGCUAUCCCAGCCCUGGAAGCACCUGGUCCUUGAUUCAAAUCCUGGCCUCGCCUCUUCCAUCUGGAACAAUGCUUGCCUGUGGGGGUUCUGGGUGUGAAUUGGGAAGAGGCACCCCCUGGCCACACCCUUGCCUUCCCUGUAGAGCGGUGGCUCCGGGGGGGGGGGCUCUUCUGUUGGGAUAAGGCCCUGGCUCUGUACUGCCAUCUGCUGGGGAGGAAUGGCAAUAAAAAACGCCCCUACCCCCAUGGUUGUGAUGUGAA